AUGUAAAGGGGUACUUGGCGGGUGAAAUAGACAGAUCAGCAAGGGAGGUGAAGGCCGAAAUCCAGGCUAUUGGUAUUCGAACAGAGGCCUUAGAGAGCAGGCUAGAAGAUGUGGUAGAAGCACACAAUGACACUACCACAGACACCUAUGACGUAAAGAGAAAACCACAAAGAAUACAAG